AUGGUCGAGGAGGCAUCCAGCCUGUGUUUGGGCUUCUGGCUGUCUUCGGCUUUCGGUUAUGCCAUUACCCCACAAGGCCCACAAGGCAACGAGGUCGGACGAGGACAGGGCAAUAAUUGCUGCAAAUGUGGUCGACCCGUUUCUGACGGCUGUCGGUCUAAAGAAGGAGCUGAGCCUGCAAGCGUCGAGUACACCAUCCGACGAAGAUUAGCGUGCCUCGGGGAUCUCCGUUCCGGAGUCGCGGUUCAGAAGCCCGCGCUGAAGCCGGAACACCGAGAGGCAAGACUGGACUUUGCCUUACGCUACACGGAGUGUGACCCCGCGCAGAGCCACGUGCUGUUUACUGAUGAGGCAGCGAGUCCCAGACGCAAGUGCAAAGUGGUCCCAGAGGAUGUGGAUAUACCCCAAUACGUUAAGAGCGUGGUCUCCAGUGGACGACACUCCGUGAGCGUGUGGGACGCCCUUUCGCGCCUGGGCUUGGGGCCCCUCGUCCGCCUAGACAGCCGCUUCAACGGAGCAGCAUACGUUAGAGUCAUUGAAGAUCAUAUGCUCUCAUACGUCCUUGACGGUCGUUUCCCUGGCGGUUGCUUUAUUCUGGAGCAAGACAGAAGCUCGGUUCACAUGUCGUCCACUGUCCAGCGCAGACUAGACGAUCUUGGUACCAUGCAGCUUGAGUGGCCCGCGUGCAGCCCGGAUCUGACGUGUCUGAAAAUUUAUGGGGCAUUAUGA